UAGGUUUGGUCAUGUUCUUCAAUGUGGAAACAAAACUAAAAGACCGAACUUUGAUGUCUGAAAUUAAAUUUAUCUUUUAACUUAAUUAAAUGGACCUUUUCAUUACAACUAUUGGACAACGAUCCUCAGAGUUCUCGGAAUCUGACGCUACAUUUUUCUAUAAUCAUCAAGAAUACAAACAACUAAUAGAUUGGCAUGCUUUCGAUAAACUUUUACAACUACAUCGUAGAACAGGAUUCUAUUUGAAAAGUAUACCAAUAAAUGGAAUUGACAAUCUCUUGUUGUUUUACACGAAUGCUUAUGGAAUAAUUUUUGACAAAACAAUUCGUCGAGAAAAAAAAUUCUUGAUCGAUUCCAUUUUUGAAAUUUAUGAUGAAAAGAUCAUAACAGAGCCUGUAGCUGGUUCAUCAAGAGCUUCUGAAGAAAGAGAAUUAACACUAGAAAACUUUUAUGAAAGACUGAGACAAAAACAUGAGUUUGAUGACCUUGAAACUGACAUUCCACAAAAUGUUCAACAUAAACACUUGCGACCACUUCUUCGUCCUUAUCAGGUGAAAGGAAUCAAAUGGCUGCUUAAACGCGAACUCAUUACAGAUUAUCUCAAACCUUGUUAUGUGAAAAUGCAAUCAAAAUUCAACAAAAAUCAAACUUUAUUCUACAACAAGUACACGCAAGAAAUAAUUUUAAAUUCUCCAUUACCGCAUAAAAUUCCUCCCGGGGGUUUCCUAACAGAUGAAAUGGGUCUUGGCAAAACAGUUGAAAUAAUUGCAUUAAUGCUUAUGAAUCCACGUAAAGGAGUCAAACGAGGGGCAGAAGAAAUCGAAGAUGUUGUUGAGAUGCAAAGCAAGAAACCAGAACUGAAAUGUAUUUGUUUUAAAAAUGUUAUGAAACAGAAGCUACCAAACAAAAAAUUGAUUAGAUGCAUCCAAUGUUUAUGUUAUCAACAUCUCAAAUGUGUUUUCUCGCACGAUGUGACAGAAGAAAGUUUUCAGUCUUACAUUUGUCCAUUUUGUUGGAAAUCCAGUGGAAGAAUUAUUCAAUCAUCAGCAACAAUAAUCGUUACACCGUUGUCAAUCAAAAGUCAAUGGAAAGAUGAAAUCAUGCGCCAUGUAAGCGACAAAUCGUUUAAGACUCUCAUGUAUGAUGGAAUAACUCAUGGCUGGGUGUCACCAACAGAACUCGCUACAUAUGAUGCUGUCAUUACUGAUUUCACAACACUCUCAAGAGAACUUUAUUUCGCUGAAACAUUCGAUCGAUCACUUCGUCACAGUAAAAAGUUUGAAUAUCCGACGUCGCCUUUGGCAUGCGUUCAGUGGUGGCGCGUUGUUCUCGACGAAGCACAAAUGGUUGAAAAGAAAUGCAAUCGUCCAAGUCAAAUGGUGAAAAAACUUCUAGCUGUGAAUCGAUGGGCAACAACUGGAACGCCAAUCGAAAAAGAUUCCAUUCGAUGUCUUUACGGUUUGAUCUUCUUUUUUAAUCUCGAGCCAUACGCAAAUGAAAAUAUUUUCGAUCAGUUAUGGAAUGAAUAUCGUAGUGGAUCGCAUGAUGAGAUGAUUAAUAUUGUUUCAACUGUUAUGUGGCGAACAUGUAAGAAAAAUGUUGAAAAUGAAAUUAACAUUCCAAAACAAACUGAAAUCGUCCAUAAAGUUGAAAUGAGCGAUUUACAAAAAUAUUUUUAUGGUCAAGCUCAUCUUAAGACGAAAUUAGAAUUUUUAAAGAGUGUUCAGGAUUAUUUGCUUCGAAACGGUCCAGUGACAAAAGUUAAUGUGCAAAUUGAUGGAAAGACAAAAAUAAGGCAUGAAAGCUCGAUCGAUUUAUCAAUGAAGGAUAAAUUUCUGUAUCAAUUUAAUAAUGCAAAUUUGAGAGUCUUCCUUGAGCCAUUAAAACGUUUACGUCAAGACUGCACAAUUCCAAGUGCUUUCGGGAUAUCAAAGAACGCAGUGCAAUUGAAAUUUAAGAAGCCACUUAAACCAGAACAACUGCAUGAAUAUUUAACUACAAAAGUUUCCUUAAAUGUCAAGUCGGCAUUACGUGGAAUAUGUUCGAGCAUCAAUGCAAUUGCAGGAAUUAAAAUCGCAACAGAAGACUACGAUGAAGCAAGAAAGCUUUACAAAGAUCUUCUGAAGCUUGCAAAGGAUUACAAUAAUGGCUUCGUGACUGUCGAUUCGAUGCUUCAAAUUCAUGCUUAUCAAGGUUUGAUUGAUAUUGCAAUGAAAAUUGAAGAUUCUGAAGAAUUGGCGAUGAAAAAAACUUACAAUGUUGAAAUGGGAAGAUUGGAAUGGAAAUAUGUAAGCAAUUUUUAUGACAAAGUUAAAGUAAUUAACAACGAUUUGAUGGCACAAGAAAAUGAAAUGAAAGAAACUAGAAAAGGUAUUAAAGAUGCUAAUUGGUGGUUGAAUAUCGUCAACAGCGAUCGAACACAUGAAUAUGAAGCAAAACUCAUCGAUGUUAUUAAUUUAGAGUUGCUUUCUAACGUUUCAAGUGGUUUGCAAUACAUGGAACAUUUAAGAACAAAACGAGGCGUUCAAAUGGUUUUGCUGCAAUGGUUCGACAAGAUCGGCAAACAUUCGAAUGAUGUUAAACGUAGAUUUGACGAUUUGAAGUUCAUCGUCAAGAAUCUUCGUCCUUCAAAUGAAAUGAAUGAUGGAGAUCGUGAAAAAGUCUCGGAACUUGCAAAAGUCGCUUUAAGUUGUCAUUUGAAUUUGGCAGAUUUAGAGGAAGACGAUCAGAUGAAUCGUGAGACGACAAGAAAAGGUUUCUGUAAACUGUGCGUGUUGAAAUCAAAACUAAAUGAAUAUGAAUGCGUGUUGUUUAAUAAAACUUUAGUUGAAGCUGGCACAGAUGGAAGUUGGAAUCCCAGAUUUGAAGAGAACUUGUUGAAGACAAUUUUAAACUACGCCAAACGAUUUGACUUUGAAGAUGAAAUAAUUUCAACUGGAAAUAAAUUCUUCAAAUGUCUUGAAUGUUUAAAGUCACAAUUUAAACUACUUGCAAAACUUUGGGUUGAAGUCAAUUACACAGUGUCAGCAUUAGAUGAGAUUAACAUGUGCAAGAUGAGAUUAGAAGUUGUGGAAUCGCCAGAUGAAAUAACAUCAGAAGAUUGCAUUCGAAAUGGCAUCAGAAUUAAAAUUACACGACAUGAAGUUGAUGAUCAUUUGGCAGAAUUUCAUUCAGAAAAGCAUGAAGCGGAAUUGAAUUUUGCUCGUUUAAAUGGUCGAUUAAAAUAUUUGGAACAUUUAAAGCAACAAAAUGAACCACCAAUGUGUCCAAUUUGCACAAAUAACCCAAAAGAAAAAUAUUUUGUGACAAUUUGUGGCCAUACAAUUUGUGCUGAAUGUUUGGAAUAUUUAGUUGGACCUGCCAAACGUUACUUAACAUGCCCAACUUGUCGUACAAAACAGGAGCUUAACAGUAUUAACAGCGUUACGCUUUGUGAUAACAAUUCAACUCGUGCAAUUGAAGGUUCAUAUUCGCCAAAGAUUGAUGAGGUUCUUCGCUCGAUUUUGAUGUUGAAAGAGAAAGAAGCUGACGUUAAGAUUCUCUUAUUCAGCCAUUGGGAUUCAAUACUUAAAACAAUAAGUCGAGGACUCGAUGAUAAUGCAAUCACUUUCCGAUCUUCACUCGCAUCAAAGUUUAGCAAACAAAUUGAAGAUUUUAAAAACUUUUCCAAAGACGUCACGGUGCUGCUUCUCAACUUGAAGUUUGGUGGUAAAGGAUUGAACUUAAUUGAGGCAACUCAUGUGUUCUUAGUUGAACCAAUUCUUAAUGCUGAUGAAGAACUUCAAGCCAUUGGACGAGUUCAUCGAAUUGGACAAACACGUGAAACUUUCGUUCAUCGUUUCAUCACAAAUAAUACGAUUGAAGACACAAUUUACAAUAAAAUUAUCAGCGAGAAGCAUAAAUGGAUGAGAAAAGAAUUCACAAUCAAAGAUCUGGAAGAACUUUUUAACGUCGAUGUGAAAUUCACAUCUGACAAUAUAAAUUCGUUCGAAGAUUCAAGCGAUGAUGACGAUGAGAUUAUUUAACUUAGUUUUACUUUUUUAAAUUAACAAACACGUCUUUAUUUCUUUUAAAUGUCAUUUAUUAAAAUAAAUAAAAUAAAUGCACAAACAAAUAAACCAACUACUUUGAAUAUUCUUUUAAACUUUCUCAUAAGAUUAUUAAAGUUAAAUUUUAACGUCACGUGAUCUUAUUGAUUCCCAAAGAUCCUGAACAUUUCUAAAACACAAAUAAUCUUGAGAUUCCUGUGAGUUGAUGAGAAUUGACGACCAUCCAGCACUCAUAGCUCCAUUGUAAUCUUUGUCUAGUUCAUUGCCAAUGUGAAGUGCUUCAGAUGGUUUGAUAAUUUGGUUAGUUGCUAGUAAAGCUUCAUUGUAAAUGACUGGAUUUGGUUUCUCUGAUCCAGCCUCGUAUGAUGUGAUGACAAAGUCAAGUUUCGUAAUAUUCAUAUCGUGUAAAAGAUCGUGCAGACGUGAAUCAAAGUUUGAGAUAACACCCACACAUUUCCCGGCAUCUUUAAGAUCGGAAAUAAGUUCAUUUGACUUCUCGUAUUUUUCCCAACACUCUCGAGUUUUAUAUAAAUUGAUGAGUUCAUGUGCGACAGGUUUGAGAUUUCUUCGCUCGAUUGGAUGACGAGAUGAACUCAUAAACACAUUUAUGACAAGAUCCUCCCACCACUUUUGAUAUGAUAUCGAAUUCCGUCCAAAGUUUGGAUGUUUUUGUUGUUGAAUUUUAAAAUGUUUACGAAAAUUCUUUUUCAUUAAAUUCGAAUCAAAACUUUCUUCUGAUAUUCCAAACAUCGCUGCUGUUUUCAAGUAUUGCACUUCAGGAGGAUUCUUGAAGUAAAGAAGUGUGUUGGUGACAUCAAAUGUUACUAAUUUGAUUCUCUUGAGAUUUCUAACAAGAAGCUCCAUGUCAAAGAUAAG